CACCACAGCGGGGGAGCGUGUGGUGCCCCAGCCGAUGCCUCUGCUUCCGCACCACGGUGCGCUGCAUGCACCUCAUGCUGGAGAGCGUCCCUGCCGUGUUGCCGCAGACCACGAUUCUGGAUCUACGGUUUAAUAGAAUUAAAGAAAUCCAGCCUGGUUCAUUUAGACGGCUUAAAAAUCUGAACACAUUACUUCUAAACAACAAUCAUAUUAAAAGAAUACCAACUGGAGCAUUUGAAGACCUUGAAAAUCUAAAAUAUCUGUAUCUGCACUUUAAUCAAAUUGAAACAUUGGAACCAGAAUCAUUUACCCAUCUUCCCAAACUUGAAAGAUUAUUUUUACAUAACAACAGAAUAUCUCAUUUAAAUCCUGGAACGUUUAGUCAUUUGGAAUCUAUGAAAAGGCUGCGUCUGGAUUCAAAUGCACUUCACUGUGACUGUGAAAUACUGUGGCUGGCAGACUUGUUGAAAACAUAUGCAGAGUCUGGUAAUGCACAAGCUGCGGCUACAUGUGAAUAUCCAAGGAGGAUCCAGGGAAGAUCAGUGGCCACAAUAACACCAGAAGAACUUAACUGUGAGAGGCCAAGAAUUACAUCUGAGCCUCAAGAUGUGGAUGUUACCUCAGGGAAUACCGUUUAUUUCACUUGCAGAGCUGAAGGCAAUCCCAAACCAGAAAUUAUUUGGCUUCGAAACAAUAAUGAGCUCAGCAUGAAAGGGGAUUCCCGUCUGAAUUUGCUUGAUGAUGGCACUCUAAUGAUUCAGAAUACUCAAGAGGCAGACCAAGGCAUUUACCAGUGCAUGGCAAAAAAUGUGGCAGGAGAAGUGAAAACACAAGAAGUUACAUUGCGCUACUUUGGUUCACCGGCUAGGCCAAGUUUUGUGAUUCACCCACAAAAUACUGAGGUACUGGUUGGAGAAAGUGUCACCCUGGAAUGUAGUGCGACUGGUCACCCCCAACCACGUAUCACAUGGACCAAAGGUGAUAGAACUCCUCUACCAAAUGACCCCCGCAUCACCAUAACUCCGUCAGGAGGGCUUUACAUCCAAAAUGUGGAUCGGGAAGAUGGUGGCGAGUAUACCUGUUUUGCAACCAACAGCAUAGAUAGCAUCCAUGCUACUGCGUUCAUCAUAGUGCAAGCUGUACCUCAGUUUACUGUGACUCCUCAAGACAGAGUAGUGAUUGAAGGCCAAACUGUUGACUUCCCUUGUGAGGCACAAGGAUAUCCACAGCCAGUCAUUGCCUGGACUAAAGGAGGAAGCCAGCUUUCUGUAGAUAGAAGGCACUUAGUGUUGUCAUCUGGAACCCUGAGGAUUUCUAGAGUGGCUUUACAUGACCAAGGCCAAUAUGAAUGUCAAGCAGUGAAUAUUGUAGGAUCUCAAAGAAUUGCUGUCCAUCUGAGUAUACAGCCUAGAGUAACCCCUGUGUUUGCUAGUGUUCCAAGUGAUAUGACGGUAGAAGUUGGCACAAAUGUGCAGAUUCCAUGCAGUUCUCAAGGAGAGCCUGAGCCAGUAAUAACAUGGAAUAAGGAUGGAGUUCAGGUCACAGAAAGUGGGAAAUUUCAUGUUAGCUCUGAAGGAUUUCUUACUAUUCGUGAUGUUGGACCAGCAGAUCAAGGCCGUUACGAAUGUGUUGCAAGGAAUACUAUUGGAUACUCUUCAGUUAGUAUGGUACUAAGUGUAAAUGUUCCUGAUGUCAGUCGAAAUGGAGAUCCAUUUGUAGCAAGCUCAAUUGUUGAAGCAAUUGCUACUGUUGACAGAGCAAUAAACUCAACACGCACACAUUUAUUUGACAGUCGCCCUCGUUCUCCAAAUGAUUUGCUAGCCUUAUUUCGAUACCCAAGAGAUCCUUACACAAUUGAGCAAGCAAGAGCUGGAGAAAUAUUUGAAAGGACACUACAGCUAAUUCAAGAACACGUGCAAGAUGGUUUAUUGGUUGACCUAAAUGGAACAAGCUAUCACUAUAAUGAUCUUGUAUCUCCACAGUACUUGAACCUGAUAGCUAACCUCUCAGGCUGCACUGCCCAUAGGCGUGUGAAUAACUGUUCGGAUAUGUGCUAUCACCAGAAAUAUAGAACACACGAUGGAACCUGUAAUAAUCUACAACAUCCAAUGUGGGGAGCCUCUCUGACAGCCUUUGAACGCUUGUUGAAGUCAGUCUAUGAAAACGGAUUUAAUUUGCCAAGGGGCAUCGGAACAAACCGCCGUUACAAUGGUUACACACUCCCAAUGCCACGCUUGGUCUCAACUACUCUGAUAGGGACUGAAACAAUAACUCCUGACGACCAGUUUAGUCAUAUGCUAAUGCAGUGGGGCCAAUUCUUGGAUCAUGACCUUGACUCCACAGUUGUUGCCCUCAGUGAAGCCAGGUUUUCUGACGGUCAGCAUUGCAGUUCAGUUUGUACAAAUGACCCUCCCUGUUACUCCAUCAUGAUCCCACCCAAUGAUCCUCGGGUCAGAAACGGAGCACGGUGCAUGUUUUUCGUGCGUUCAAGUCCAGUGUGUGGAAGUGGCAUGACAUCUCUCCUCAUGAAUUCUGUUUACCCACGAGAACAAAUCAACCAGCUGACUUCCUAUAUUGAUGCAUCCAAUGUAUAUGGCAGUUCAGACCAUGAGUCACAGGAAAUCAGAGAUGUAGCAAGUCAUAGGGGCCUUCUGAGACAGGGCAUUGUACAGAGAUCUGGAAAGCCUCUUCUUCCAUUCUCUAGUGGCCCUCCAACAGAAUGCAUGAGGGAUGAGAAUGAGAGCCCAAUUCCUUGCUUCUUAGCUGGGGAUCAUCGUGCCAAUGAACAGCUGGGCCUCACCAGCAUGCAUACACUGUGGUUUAGAGAACACAACAGAAUUGCCACAGAAUUAUUGAAACUCAACCCGCACUGGGACGGUGAUACAAUAUACCAUGAAACACGCAAAAUUGUUGGAGCAGAAAUGCAACACAUAACAUACAGCCACUGGCUACCUAAAAUCUUGGGAGAGGUAGGCUUGAAGAUGCUUGGUGAAUAUAAAGGUUAUAAUCCUAACAUUAAUUCUGGGAUAACUAAUGCAUUUGCAACUGCCGCUUUUAGGUUUGGUCACACAUUGAUCAAUCCCAUACUGUAUCGGCUGGAUGAGAACUUUGAAACUAUUCCACAAGGGCAUUUACCUCUUCAUAAGGCAUUUUUCUCUCCAUUUCGGAUUGUAAACGAAGGAGGCAUUGAUCCACUUCUAAGAGGGUUGUUUGGUGUUGCUGGUAAGAUGCGUGUGACAUCACAGUUGCUUAACACAGAACUGACAGAGAGACUCUUCUCCAUGGCUCGAGCUGUAGCUUUAGAUCUGGCUGCUAUGAAUAUUCAAAGAGGCAGAGAUCAUGGAAUCCCACCUUACCAUGAUUAUAGAGUUUACUGCAACCUUUCUUCAGCCCACACAUUUGAAGAUUUGAAAAAUGAAAUUAAGAAUCCCGAGAUCAGAGAGAAACUCAGGAGAUUAUAUGGCUCACCGCUGAAUAUAGAUUUAUUUCCUGCUCUUAUGGUAGAAGAACUAGUUCCUGGUAGCAGGUUGGGACCAACAUUGAUGUGUCUCUUGAGCACACAAUUUAAACGUGUCCGCGAUGGAGACAGGUUAUGGCAUGAGAACCCUGGUGUGUUUAGUCCAUCUCAGUUGACUCAGAUCAAGCAGUCAUCCCUUGCCAGAAUCCUGUGUGACAAUGGUGACAACAUAACCAGAGUGCAACGUGAUGUUUUUAGAGUGGCUGAGUUCCCACAUGGCUAUGGAAGCUGUGAUGAAAUUCCUAAAGUGGAUCUCAGGAUGUGGCAAGAUUGCUGUGAAGACUGUAGGACUAGAGGACAAUUCAAUGCAUUCUCUUACCACUUCCGAGGAAGACGUUCUCUUGAUUAUAGUUUUCGUGAAGACAAGCCUUCAAAGCAUAUGAAAAUGUCAAGAACAACAAGUUUUGCAAGGGAGAAUGCACUUUUUAAUAGCACCAUUUCAGCCUUUGAUGAGCGCAAGAAAUCACCCAUAAUGAAUGACUUCAAAGAAUUUGUUGGAGAUAUGCAAAAAACAAUUACAGACCUCAGAAAUCAGAUAAAGAAACUUGAAUCACGGCUUAGUAGAACUGAAUGCACUGAUGAAAAGGGUAAAUCUUAUUCCAGUAAUGAAACUUGGAAAAAAGACCCAUGCACCACGUGUGAAUGCAAGAUUGGCCAGAUAACCUGUUACGUGGAAUCGUGUCCUCCAAAUAAUUGCGUGACACCUGUGAAGCUCAAAGGAGUUUGCUGUCCUGUCUGCUUAAAACAAACUAUUAGCAAGGAAAAUAAACCUUAAGUCUGCUUUGCAAUGGUCACAUACAGAUAUCUGCUGAUGGCAAAUACAAGUAACAAUAGGCUUAAAACCACAACUGCGAGUCAAGACGUUACAGGACAGCAUUCAAAUGAUGGUGUAACAGUGUAAGAAAAUAUAUAAUUUUACUUGCUUGCCCAUUGAAAAAACACAAGAACUGAAAGGGAAUACACAACACAGGUCAGGAUAAUUUUGUGUUAAAGCUUCUCAGGUUCAACAAAUGAAAACUGGUGCUACUUUUUAAAGAAGCCUUUGUCAAGUGGCUUUAGGCUCCCGAGCUGUUUUCUGUUUCUUCAUACACUGGUGGAUGGAAGUCAAGUGCCAUUUACUUGGAUAAAAACAUAUUUUCUGGUCCACUUUUGAUGCCUAGCAUGCAAUCUAUCUCAUACCAUAAUAGAGGUGGUCUGAGGGCCAGACUAAACUUUCUACUGAUUAUACACAGUUUAGCUAUGCACGAUUGUUUUCCUUACUCUUGUAUAAGUGAACAUGGCCCUGAUUCGGUUUGGGACCAUAGUGUUCCAAGAAGGGAGAUAUAAACCUUUCCCCCAUCCAUUCCUCCCCCACCUCCUGAAAUUCAUUGGAGUCACUCAAGACUACUUUUUAAAAUUCCCAACCCCCCAUUGGGGGUGGGGGGUGGAACCACAGAAGAAAAAUGGGUGGGAGGAAGGUUUAACACUCCCCACUCCUGGAGCACCAUGGUCCCAAUC